AUGGCCUGGUUCCAGUCGUCUGCCAUCUUAACUGACAUCCUAGCUCGGUAUGCCGUUACAGAGAAGCUUUACCGUGACGAAAGCUCCAAGUUGAAUGACAAGAUUGAGGAUGCCAUCUUGAGGGUCUAUAUCGCUGUUCUAAAGUCUACGGCAGAGGCAAUGACCAUCUAUCGCUCAACUACAGAGGAAACACAGCUGGGAAAGUGGUUGCAAAUUUAUCAAGAAAUGCAACGCAAACAGGAGGCCAAUAAUAUACUUCUUGGAGUUGAUCGGCUUCUUGACGGUAUCCGAGAUAUUGCCCAGAAAAUCGAACUCAACAAGCUGCCAAUAGCUGAAGGGGCUCAUUUCGAUUCCCACAUGGAUGAGGACCAGGCUGAAUGUCUGGAGAAUACAAGAGUUGAGCUUCUUGAUGAUAUCACGAACUGGGUAGAUGAUCCCGAGGGAAAGACCAUUUUUUGGUUAAGUGGUGUAGCUGGAACUGGAUUAACAACAAUUUCCCGGACAGUAGCGCGAAAGCUGCAGGAGAGAGAGCUGCUAGGAGCAAGCUUCUUUUUCAAGAGAGGUGAGGGUGAUCGUGGGAAAGCUUCGCAAGUUGUCACCACUAUCGUUAAGCAAUUCAUGAUUGCUCUUCCUCAGAUGAGGAAAGAACUUGCGACAGCCUUGGAGAACGACUUGAUGAUAGUUUCCAAGUCACUGAAAGAUCAAUUUGACUAUCUGUUGUUGAAGCCGCUUCUGAGCGUGAAAUUUAGCAAUGGGCAGCGCUUACCGCUUGUCGUUGUAAUCGAUGCCCUAGAUGAGUGUGAGGAGCGAAGCAUUGAGACGAUCAUUCGACUUCUCCCUCGGGUACAAGAAUCGAAAACGAUACAAUUAAAGGUCUUCAUCACCAGAAGACCCGAGCACCCAAUCUUUGAGGGCUUUGAGAGGAUAGAAGACGAACACAAAGAUGUCGUUCUCCAUGAAGUUUAA